GUGGAUUAUUUCAUGGCGAAAACGGCACCCACCGCCGCUAAAUUUGAUGCCACUGCUGUACAGAACGGAAAGGCAACAGCACCACUACUCUUUGCAGCGCAUCCGCUGUGUUCCACACCUCAGUUGGAACUUGUUGUCACAGAGGGACCGAGGGAUUCUAUAGAAAAAUGUCAGUGGUUUUACAAGAGCAUGUUUGAUGUUGCAGAGUCUAUUCCUGGUCAACGCAUAGUACAGACAAGAGGAACGUAUGUUUACCUCAAUGCAGGGGGUUAUGUGGGGCGUGUGUGGGCUCUGCGAACUGCUUUUGCUGCGUUUGUGAGCUUGGCAGCAAGGCGCAGUGACUGGACAUGCGACCAAAGCAUCUGGGUGCCCCUGCAAGUCUGGAGU